UUGUGAAGUUUGAAAAUUCUCAAUAAACUGCAUCGUUAUGCGUGUAGUGUCAAGGUAACAUAAAUUAUUAUUUUAUUGAUGAAGUGAUUUUUGGUUUUUUAAGUGCUGAUGUGUAGCUGAGAUUGCAAACCCGAUAUUAAUUUGGAUUUUCCAUCGUGUACUAUGAUUUUAUUAAAUAUCUUGAAGGAAUUGUUAAUAGUAGGAACAGUGAUAAAUUUGAGUAGUGCAGAAAUAGAUUCAGACGCCGUAAGUCAAGUUCGUUUUGUUCAAUACCAGCCUAUCAUUGCCAAGCCACGAAAACCUGCCAGCGAUAAUGAAGCUAAGUCGAAAGAGUUGCACGCCGCAGAGACAGGACAUUACUCAAAUUCACUAGAAAAACCUAAUCUUCAAAGGAAUACAGAAAAUGAUGAAGAAAAUUUAUCGGUGCCGAAAAAUUAUGCUUUCUCGUACGAAGUCAGAGAUCGCAAUUCCGGCGACGAUUUCUCCCAUACUCAAGCUCACAACGGCCAAGCUACCAAGGGUGAAUAUCGCGUUAAAUUACCAGACGGGCGAAAUCAAGUAGUCACUUACACAGCAGAUAACGACGGCUACAAAGCGAACAUUCAAUACGAUAGUCAAACAGCUCAAGAAUCGUCAAAUAACGGAGUUUACAUAUCGAAAGCAUUUUCCGAUGAUUUUCUCUCAUCAAAACAUCCCAAACAGCAGACUACGAAUUUCGAUAAAGAUGCGUUUGAUUUCGAUUCACUAAGGAAGGAUAAACCAUCGCUAUUUUCUUCUAGUAAAUUCGGCAGUUUCAAUUUCCCAUCAUCUACGAGAAAACCCGCAUCUUACGAAACCACAGAAAACAUCGACGAAGAACUAUUCCCGUAUUCUAAAAAGUUACUCGACGACGUUAAUUAUCUAUUACAAUAUGUUACACCGACCAUAGAAUCCAAUAACCGUGGAAAAGAAAAAAUAUCUAUAGACUUUUCCAGAGGUAGAUUCCUAAACGACGAUCCUCAUUUUAAAAAUACAUUCAAAAACGAACCUUCGCCAAAAGAUAAAUUCCAGUUACCCGCCAAUUUCCCCUACCAGUUUACUAAAUUCGAGGAACCUAGAUUUGAGAAAUUAUCUUUCAACGAGCCUAAUUACGACGAUCAUACUUUUAUCGAGCCAUCGCUGAUGGGACAAAAACACGAAGAUGAUAAAUUUCACAGACUUAAGUUUCAAUCUCCGAAAAAAGAGGUGCAAAAUAUCGCAAAUCAGCUUUUUAGUGGGUCUCAGUUCGAAGAGCAAAGAUCCAGUUUACCAUCAUCUGGGGAAAAAUAUUUCGAAACGCAGCCGAUUCAGCGAACAAAUUUCAAAAACGACUUGAAAAAUCCCAACGCGCCUGAAUCUAAAGAACAUCAAUUCGAUAGCUCCAAUUUUCCCAGUUUAAGGACCAAUAACGCCCCGAAACCAGCCGAAGAGAUAAAAAUCGGUCCCUCUGGUUCGAAUAAUUUCAAAUUCGACGACUCGAAUUUGAAAUUUCGCGAGUCGAGAAUAAAAGAGCAGCCGAAUUCCGAAAUAAUUACGUCUCAACAAAAUCCAAGUUUCGAAGAAGAUGCCUAUAAAUUGCCUAAAUUCGACGCUACGUUGUUUGAAAAUGGUCAUUUUGAGCAAGUAAAAUACGAUGCUCCGAAAUUCGAUCCUAAAUCGUUUGAAAACGGUAAUUUCGAGCAAGCCAAAUACGAGGUGCCAAAAUUCGAUCCUAAAUCGUACGAAAAUAAUAAUUUCGAUAAAUCGAAUUACCAAACGCCAAAAUUUGAUCCUAAAUCGUACGAAAAUAAUAAUUUCGAUAAAUCGAAUUACCAAACUCCGAAAUUCGAUCCUAAAUCGUUCGAAAAUAAUAAUUUUGAGCAAGCCAAUUACCAAACACCCAAUUAUAAUCAUUUUUCCAACUCUAACGAUCAAAAAUUCCGAACUCUAACGACCAACGAAGGAAACCCAAAACCAAAUUCGGUCGAAAUUCCUCAAUAUAUUCAUAUCCACCGGUACGAGGCUUCUGGCGAAGAUCAGACCAACAACGCUCGUCCCAAGGAAUUAAUUUACUACAAUCCUUUGCAAAUCCCUGUACCAAAUAGUAUAGCUUACAUGGAACAAGGCUCUUAUAAUUUUUCAAAUCCUCAACUCUCGACUCUCACACCUUCCUACAUAACGAUGACAGAACACCCACGAGUCAAACCGACCGAUGCACCAGCUCGCUAUCUGGAUCAUACCAGUGUCCCCGAUCUAGCUUUAAAAUUAAACAGCUUCGAUCAAUCUAAAGAAAAUUAUUUCGCUCCAACUCCUCAAACCAUUCAAACACCGGUGUUAUCAGUUUCGCAGGAAACUCCACCACUGGGAAACUAUGAAAACAGGCCUAACUACAAUUACGACGCGAAUGACUUGAAUCCCCCUCCUUCGCCUCUCGCAUCACCGGAAAAUUUCUCAAAUAGUCCUUCGUUCGAUUACGAUACGAAUAAAGCUCCUUUUGCACCUCCUACUGCACCUAAAGUAACCCCUGAACCACCUUCCGAAGAUCAUAACAAUUAUGAAAACACUAUAGGAGGUUUACCUCCAUAUUUCGAUCCUCGAACGUACUCCGGUUACUUUGAUUUCUUGCCAGAGUCCGGCGAAGCGGAACCAGAACAUGAGAAACAAAGCUCCCCUGAAAUUAGCAAAAUCCAAAACCCUUCGAGCUCCGUCGAAAAUUCGGAAACACCUAAAAACGAAUUGCCCCAAUAUUAUUACGAUUUUUCAACAGCUUCACCUUCGCACAAAUACGUGAGCUCGGCUGAAGUGGGUUUAUCUAGUCGAGAAGAAUUCCAGCCAGUUUUGGAUCCGGAUCAUAUUCGAAACACUUCGUCGUUCUUAGCUUCUGCAUAUUUAAGGCCUUUGCAUAAAGAACGAGUGUACAUUUACCAUAAUUCGUUACCUACUAUUUCGGCCGAAGAAAAUCAUAAUUUUUCCCCUACCACGCCAUUCGUACCCAAACAACCUAAUAAAAAUACUGCCGAUAUACAAAUCAUCAAAUCGAUAUCAUCCACUAUUCCUCCGGAACUGUUGAAGGAUUUCGAUCGCCAGUUAUCGUCUCCUAUAUUCGCGAGAUCUGACGAUAACAGUGAUGCCAACAGCGAACCUAAACAGGUUAAAGUUUCACCAGAGUCUUCGCCAAGACUGCGAAGUGAUUUAGUCAAACAGUUACAAUCUACUCUGGCAACCAAAGCUGUACCGUAUCUGAAAACGCCGACGCAGCAGAAACGGAUUUCCAGAUGAGACGUCUAUACCAUUGGCACUCUCUCGUAUAGUUUCGUGUCAUAAAAAUACAAGACUGGAACCAAUUAGACAUUAUUUUAGGUAUUAUCGAGUUUUUUUCAUUUUUUUCAUUUAUUUUUUAGCGUCGAGAAGUUGACGAUUGUUAUUGGAUAUUCUUGGUAUGAAUGAAAAAAGUAGGUAUUGAUGAACUCAUUGUAGACCCCAGACCUAACUUUGCCUAAGAGUAUUUUCUAUCUGAAUGAAUAUUCUAAAGAAACUUGUUGAUGAACAUUCAGAAUGUCGAGUUUCGAUAUUUUUAUAAGUAAUAAGAUUUCUUUUUUUAAAUCAAAUAUUUGAAUUAUCAAGCGUUAUCGAAUUUUCAGACUUUAGGGGCAAAGCUUUACGUUCAUUUUUGAAAACUUUCAUUCAAUUUUUUUUCAAAAUGCUCGCUAGAUCCUCAUUAUCUUGAUACGUAGGUGUUCUUAUAAUGGACUCAGUUGUGGAGUUUAUUUUCAUUUUUCGUAGUGAAACUUGUAAAAAUGAACGUAAACUUGCCCCUGCAAGCCGAAAGGUAGAUAAACAUAGUUACCUACGUACAUUCCUGUUCUAUAAAGUAUUUACUCGAAAACUUGGUUACAAGUAUUUUGAAUUGUCUAUACAACCGAUGAAAAAAUUCCAAGUGAAGUUGGUCUUAAAAUAUGAUGGAAUCUGAAUCAACCAAACUGCGAAAAAUAAUAAAAAGUUUUUCAUUAUUUUCAUGUUUUUGAAUGAAAUUGUGGGUACCUGGAAUUUUUUCAUCGGUCAAGUGUGUCUGCAUUAUCUGCAUUCACACUGGAGUAAAUUUUGAAAAUAAAUUAGGUAUAUUCGAAGUUACCAAUAUGUAGGCCAAUUAGAUUAAGCUAUCUAUUUUCAAAAUAGAAGUAAGUACAUAUAUCAACCAACAUCAUUAUAAUUUCGUUUUUACCAAAGUACUUAGAUGAAUUUAUAAAAAAGUACCAUUCAUAAAUUUGUGAUAAAGAUAUAAAACAAUCAUGAGAUAACACGUGUUGCAAAACUGAAAACAAAUUUGAAAAAAAAAAUUAAUUUUGCAUUCUUUCAAAAUUUGUAUUCAAAAUUUCAAUUUUUCUAAAAUGCUAGGAUGGUAGGUCUCAUUGAAAAAUUUACGCUUGUGUUUCAGGCAUUUGACCAUAGAAAGAAGAUUGAAAUGGUAUGGGUAAAAUAUCAUAUGAGCUAAUCAUAGCAUUGUUCAUUUAAUCUGAGAAAAUUCGUUUGUUUAAUAGGUAUGUAUAACCAGGUUUUUUUGUCUUUUCUUUUUGAUUUGAAGGAAGGGGGGGGGGACAUUCUAAUUCUCGAAAGUUGUAAGUCCAUAACAUUUUGUACUCCCUCUUCAACCCAAACAUCCAAGAAGAAUUGAUUUUCGCCUCAUCUGUUCGAAAAGUCCAAUUUUUGUUGCAAAAUUGCCUUAAACGACUUGUUUUUUUUAUCAAACUUGCUCAUUUUUUUUUUUUGGCAAAUUUGCUCAAAAUCCAAAAAGUGUAAAUUCACAAAAAAAGUUAUAAAACCGUGUUAAUUUUUGAGGGGAAAAUGUCAAAAAGCGUCAAUUUUAUAGGUAAAAGAUGUUGAUGUAAUGUCAAAAGGCCAUCGGCUAUUCGCUGAUUGCAAGAGAGUUUUUGCAUGUGCUUACACCCAUGUUGGUUGAUGGUUGCAUUGGUUACCUACUAAACUCGCUUUCAAAUAUCAACUUGAAUGUCAAUUUUUGCCAACAUUUUCCAAGAAAUCCUGUUUCUACACAAAAUCUCUUAAAAACUUAUUUUCUUUGUCAAAUUUUAUUUUGCCUAAAAUUUUUUCAUAUUUUUUAAAAAUUUUCAAUGCCAUUUUUUGAUGUUUGAAGUUGUUUUUAUUUUUUGGAGUGGGGGAGGGGGUACUGCGUGACCACGCGUCUGUGUAUUAGGUAUGUAAUUAUGUACGUACUUGAAACAACCCAUCAAUUUUUGGAUUUCUUUCCCUUUCCAACAAAAAAGUUAUUUCGUUUUAUUUAUAAUUUUGGUUUUUUGGUAUUUCAUCUUACUUAUCUUAAAAAUAAUGUAAACCAAAAUUAUUCCAGCAGUUUGAAGGCUGCACAAAAAAAAUUGAAAGAACAAAUUUGAAAUUUUACUUAUUUUUUUGCCUCAAUUUUUUCGUAUUUCAUUUUCAUUUUUUUUGUUUCUUAUGCAUAUUUCCAAUUUCUUUUCGCCACACUGUUUCAAUAUCACAUUUCAGUACGUACCAAAACGCCGUAUAAUUGUGUGUGUUUUUAUGUAAUUAUAAGUAUUAUUCUUUUUAGGUACGUGUGCUAUUCAUGUUAUCCACGCAACUAGUCCUUAGAUAAUUAACAAUAAAACAUUGUAUCAUUAUUCAAAUUAAACUAUUACACAAAUUAUAAACUUUAGUCUCGACGUUUUCUUGAUCUAUGAUCUUAUUAUUUUUUUUAUA